UCCUGCCAGUAAAACUAGAAGGGGAUUAAAAAGGAAAUUGAAUCACAAUUCGUCAGCUCCACUGAUCAUCUGGCUAGAGCAGAGAGAAUUAAGAAUGGCUCGUGACCUAGCGGUCAGCGGCGGACAGCUGGAAUUGCGAAGAAAGCAUAAAAGAAGGUCACAAGGACAAGCACCGGAUGAUGGAGAGGAAUGGGCUUGGGAAAUGACAUCAAAUUUGCUCACCUGUAGCGAUAGGUCACCUUGUGGCGGGGCCCUAAAAACACACCAUUUUGUGGCACCCAAUACUCGUGCUGAUGUCGAUUGCGGUAACGAAAAAGGUCAGUUAGAUAAGUGCUCUUGUUUCGACUAUGGGCUACGCAUGAUGGGGAAUGAAUGGGGCAUUAUGGCUCGACAAGGGGGAGGUAUGCAUCUUGGGAAUGUAGAAUACGACAUGAGGGAUGGAGCCGCGGCCGCGUUGAUAUGGUGCGAGAG